AUGGACCCUAGGCCUCCUUGCCUGGAAAGUUACUCUGAGCCUGCCAACUACUCAAACUACGUCAUGUACCAUGGCACCAGCAAGGAGGAUGCAGAAAGCAUCAAGCGGAACGGCUUCACUCCCUCAGAGGACGGCAUGCUGGGGCCCGGCGUGUACGUCAGCCGCGACAUCCAGAAAGCCAGCCACUACCCCCGGAAUGUAGCCGAAGGGCACCGCAGGGUCCUAGUGCUCAUAGUGAAUGUGGGGAAGGUGAAGAAGAUUGACCACCAGGGGCACCCCUUGCAGAAGACCUGGCAUGCAAAAGGCUAUGACACGGCCUGGGUGCCCCCAAACUGUGGCAUGGUGCCCAAUGGUCUGGAGGAGGACUGUGUCUGGGACCCCUGUAGGAUCAAAGUCACCAGUGUUAUCAAACCCAAACCACAGCCAUGUAUGGGCUGGAGCCACUCCAAGCCUGUCAACAACUCAUCCUACCGCAUGUACCACGGCACCACCAAGGAGGCUGCCGAAAGCAUCAAGCGGAACGGCUUCUCUCCCUCAGAGGACGGCAUGCUGGGGCCCGGCGUGUACCUCAGCCGCGACAUCCAGAAAGCCAGCCGCUACCCCCUGAAUACAGCCGAAGGGGACCGCAGGGUCCUGGAGCUCAAAGUGAAUGUGGGGAAGGUGAAGAAGAUUAACUACCAGGGGCACCCCCUGCAGAAGACCUGGCAUGCAGCAGGCUAUGACACAGCCUGGGUGCCCCCUAACUGUGGCACGGUGCCCAGUGGUGAGGAGGAGGACUGUGUCUGGAAUCCCCGUAGAAUCAAGGUCAUCAGGGUUAUUUAA